AUGCCAAAGGAAGAUGAAGAACCAGAACAGUCUGAGGAUGAAAUGCAUGAGCAAGAGGUUGGUAAUGGAGAUGAAAUGCAUGAGGAAGGGAUUGGUAAUGAAGAUGCGACAAUGGCUGAAGCAUGUGCGAAUGUUGAUGAUGGAAGUGAUGUUGUUGAAGAUGCUGGUGAUGGUCGUAACGAUGACAGGUUUAGGUCUGUUUUCGAGGAAGGAUCAAGUUCAAAGCCAGCGAUGGAAGCAUAUCGAAAUAUAGAAGAAAAAGAAGCUGCAGAAAGAGAAGCAGAGGAAAGUGAGGAAGAAUGUGUGAUAGAGGGGGAUGCUGAGUAUCCAUAUACACCGCUAAAAUCGGAUGAGGAGUGGGAACAGUGGGAUAAUCCGAAAGGGAAAAGGAAGGGAAGAACGCAGUUCCAUGGAGACUUAGAGAAGGAGCCAUACAUUUGGUUAUUUGGCUUUGAGUUUAAGGAUCAGCUUAUGCAAUACUCAACGAAGACACAAUAA